GGUGCCGGGCCGGGAGCAGGCGGUGGCAGCGGCGGCACCAUGGGCCGGGCCCGGCGCUUCCAGUGGCCGCUGCUGCUGCUGUGGGCGGCCGCGGCGGGGCCAGGAGCAGGACAGGAAGUACAGGCAGAGAAUGUGACAGUGGCUGAGGGAGGGGUGGCCGAGAUAACCUGCCGUCUGCACCAGUAUGAUGGGUCCAUAGUUGUCAUUCAGAACCCAGCCCGGCAGACCCUCUUCUUCAAUGGCACCCGCGCCCUGAAGGAUGAGCGUUUCCAGCUGGAGGAGUUCUCCCCUCGCAGAGUGAGGAUCCGACUCUCAGAUGCUCGCCUGGAAGACGAGGGGGGCUACUUCUGCCAGCUCUACACGGAGGACACCCACCACCAGAUUGCCACGCUCACUGUGCUGGUGGCCCCAGAGAAUCCUGUGGUGGAAGUCCGGGAGCAGGCGGUGGAGGGCGGCGAGGUGGAGCUCAGCUGCCUGGUUCCUCGGUCUCGGCCUGCCGCCGCCCUGCGCUGGUACCGCGACCGCAAGGAGCUGAAAGGUGUGAGCAGCAGCAAGGAAAAUGGGAAGGUGUGGAGCGUGAAGAGCACUGUGAGGUUCCGUGUAGACCGCAAGGACGACGGCGGUAUCAUCAUCUGCGAGGCGCAGAACCAGGCGCUGCCCUCGGGACACAGCAAGCAGACGCAGUACGUGCUGGAUGUGCAGUACUCCCCCACGGCCCGGAUCCAUGCCUCCCAGGCUGUGGUGAGGGAGGGAGACACGCUGGUGCUGACGUGUGCUAUAACAGGGAAUCCCAGGCCGAAUCAGAUCCGCUGGAACCGCGGGAAUGAGUCUUUGCCGGAGCGGGCGGAGGCGGUCGGCGAGACGCUUACGCUGCCUGGGCUGGUAUCUGCAGAUAAUGGCACCUACACUUGCGAGGCGUCGAACAAGCACGGCCACGCGAGGGCGCUCUAUGUGCUCGUGGUCUACGACCCCGGUGCGGUGGUAGAGGCUCAGACGUCGGUGCCCUACGCCAUUGUGGGCGGCAUUCUGGCGCUAUUGGUGUUUUUGAUCAUAUGUGUGCUGGUGGGCAUGGUCUGGUGCUCGGUCCGGCAGAAGGGCUCCUAUUUGACCCACGAGGCCAGUGGUUUGGAUGAGCAGGGAGAAGCAAGAGAAGCCUUCCUCAAUGGCAGCGACGGACACAAGAGGAAAGAAGAAUUCUUCAUCUGACCCCACCUCUACCCCAGGCCUGGGCCUGGGCUGGGGUCCACCCCACUGCCAGCUGCAAAGACAUUUACCAGAGUCUGGGAUGGUGGGCAUCUCCUCCCACCACUAACACCUCAGACGUUUGGGCAGGGAUGGGGGUGUCAGAUGCCUGGGUCUCAGCCAGGGCCAGAAGCAAGGUCCCAGAGAUCUGGGUCCCCCAGGGGGCAGGGGCCAAAGGUCCAAAUCCCCCAAGUCCAGGGAGGGUGGUAGGGAUUGGGUUAGGGAAGAUAAGUGGGGGAAGGCCAGGGCCCCUAGGCUGCAGAACCAGGUCUUGUGGGGAGGGGAUCAGAUUUGGGGAAGGGUGGGGUGGGCAGGG